AUGGUGAAAGUGAGCAAAGAAGUGCAGCAAAAGCCUCACUGGAAGGGGGGAUUGAAGGUGGUUGCAGAAAGCUUCACGAGAGCAACAAUGGUGGAUUUGGGAGAGAAAGUUAGAGAGAGGAAAAGUUGGGAGCUUGGGAACGAGGAUGCAAAAGUGAAAAGACGGAAAAAGAGAAGGGAUUUUGAUCGAAACCACGGAAUGGCGGCAAAAUUACAAUCAAUGUGCCUAGGGCGACGUGCUUGUCAGACGGCGCACGCACAAGUGAUGCGACUUGAUGGCGCGUGCCAGGCGAUCCAGCAUGCUCAUUUCUUUGCAACGAAAGGCGAGGCUUUCAAGAAAGAAUUGGUCCGCAAGACCAAAGAGGUUGCUAGCUUCCUCACCUCCCUCAAUAAUGUCGAGGCAAAAAUGAAGAUGCUGCUGGAUCAAGCCAAGGCUGCCAAACAAGCUCAAGAUCAAACUAAGGAAAAGGCGGAGGCUACUGAAGCGGUUCCCGAUUUACUGAGGGCUGAGGCCAAAGAAUCCAAAGCCAAAAUUACCAAAGCCGAGGCGGAGUUGCGAGAGGCCCUAGCGACCAAGGCAGUCAAAAUUAAGGUAGCUGACGAAAAGGCCUACACCGAAAGUCAAGCCAAUGUGCGUGACGCCUACAAGGAACAAGUAAACCAAGCCUGCAACCGAGGAUUGGGUGACGAAGCCGAUGAAGAGGUAACCGACGCAAAGGAUGCCGAAGAAGAGGAACUGGUUACUGAUAGGGACAAGUCUCCAACAUUGAAUGAUCAAGUCCUGGACUUGACUCAUGAUGAGGAAGAAGACUUGGUUUACAAAGGUGCCUCUCCCAAACAAACAACUUCCGAGGCCGAGGUCCAGGCAGCCGAGAAAAGCUUGGACCAGACCCUUUCAGAAAUUGACACCGAGAUAGUGGCGGAGAAGGAAACCAUAUUGCCAACCGAGGUUGACACAACGCCAACAGCCGAGGUUGAGCAAUCUGAGAUCAGUGCCCAUAAUUCCAACACUUAG